UUAAAUGUAUGAGCAAUCUAUAUAAAUGCCAUCUCUGGUAGCACCAAACUGAGAAUUACAACAAGAAAAGAGUAACCAUGCAUGUAACGAGACCUCUCUCUUACUAUAGAAGUAAUCCAGAGUCUUGGUCAUUACCUCCUGAUGGUCCGAAUUCUGGCUAUGUAGUCCUUGAAGAUGAAGACUCUGUGACUUAUAGUUGUUUUGGAAUGUCUAAGGACCGAAAAUUUAUUGAUCUGCCUUUCCCUCAGAACAAGAACUUAACUACUACAUAUUCUUCAGGAAAGCAUAGACAUUACCAAGAUGUUAUCUUUUUUCCUGUUAUUAACCAGCCAUUGUCCAGCAACCUGUACUACGUGAUCGAGUCACAUGGAAAGCAUAAAGGGAAGGCUUAUGCUUGUUCCACAGAAGAAGACAUGAUGAAUACUUGUUGCUGUGAUGAAGUUGAAGAUGUAAAGCCAAGACCAUUUGAUCCUCGUGACACAUAUCAGCAAUUUGAGAUUGCUAAUUACAAAAAUGGGGGUUUUUUGGCCAAAUCUGUGGCUCAUGGUGCUUUGCCUCCUUACUUUUUAAGGAGGAAGGGAUGGGAAGUUGAAUCCCAUACUCUAAGAAGCUACACACUAGGUGAGGCUCUAGGGCUUGACUCUACUCUUCGUGCUCGCCUUCCUGACUUAAACUUUCCACUGCCCCACCAGAGUUCACAAGUGGUUGUGAUAGGAAAAUGGUAUUGCCCUUUCAUGUUCAUUAAAGAUGACAUGCUAACGUCAAGAGAUCAGAUGGCAAAUUCAGUGUUUUACGAGAUGACCCUUGAGCAAAGAUGGGAACAGAUAUUUGAGCGUGAUGGUAUUGAUCAUGGCAACAUUGUAAUGGUUAAUGCAGUUGUUCAAAGAGAAGUUGUAUGGGUUGGAGGCAAGGAGGCUGUGUGGGAUGAGAACAAUGUGGUUGAUUACACGAUGUGGUUCAAGAGUUUUGGAAUUGAUGGAGAAGAAGUGAGUGUAGGUUUGAGUUUGGAGAUUGUUGAGAGAAUGAAAUGGGAGGAGGAAAGAGUUGGAUGGUUUGGCGGUGAUGAUAGAAUGACGAGGGUUGAUAGAGUGGAGGAGUUUGAAAGAGGUGCCGAAGGAUGGAGAAAGUUUGGAUGCUUUGUUUUGGUGGAGAGCUUUGUGCUGAAAAGAAUGGAUGGAAGUGUUGUUAUGACUUAUAAUUUCAAGCAUACUCAUCAAAUCAAGUGCUUGUGGGAGUGAAUUUAACUAACUGGCUUGUUCGUUAUUUCUUUAGUUCAUUGUGAAGUAAAUUUAUGUAUUACAUGCAGAGUAAAAAAUUCACUUGUAAGAUUACUUUUCAACUUAUACUGUUCUUGAUUGCAAAUCUUAGGUCAUGAAUUUUGGAUAAUCUGCUUUCACUUUACAAGUCAUACUUAAGGUUGUCAGGUGAGGUUGCCUCUUUGUAUGAGCA